CAAGUCAUGUCUUCUGCCUCCCCCGCGGACGAGAUCACGAUCAAGCAAGAAAAUGUGAUGGAAAUCCUCUCCGACGCCGGCAAGGUGCCCCCGGACGGAGCGGCCGCGCUGAGCCCCGCGCCGCCGCCCCCCCCCGCCGCCGCCCCGUUCCCCAUGGAGCACGGAGCCGCCGCCGGGGAGGAGGGCAGCGCCGAGCCCGUCCUGCUCCACACGGAACUUUUGGCCCGGAACCACCACGCCGCCGCCGCCUCUCCCUCCUCCUCCUCCUCCUCGUCCUCUUCGUCGUCCUCCUCGCAGCCCCCCCUGGCUUUCUCCCCGGACCACGUCGCGUGUGUGUGCGAGGCGCUGCAGCAGGGGGGCAACCUGGACCGCCUGGCCCGGUUCCUGUGGUCUUUGCCCCCGAGCGAUCUGCUACGUGGCAACGAGAGCCUGAUGAAAGCCCGGGCGCUGGUGGCUUUCCACCAGGGCAUCUACGCCGAGCUCUACAGCAUCCUGGAGAGCCACAACUUCGACUCGUCCAACCACCCGCUGCUGCAGGAGCUGUGGUACAAAGCUCGCUACACCGAGGCGGAGCGAGCCCGGGGCAAACCCCUGGGGGCGGUGGACAAGUACCGGCUGCGGAGGAAAUACCCCCUGCCCCGCACCAUCUGGGACGGCGAGGAGACGGUGUACUGCUUUAAGGAGAAGUCCCGCAACGCCCUCAAGGAGCUCUACAAGCAGAACCGCUACCCCUCGCCGGCCGAGAAGCGCAACCUGGCCAAGAUCACCGGGCUGUCCCUCACGCAGGUCAGCAACUGGUUCAAGAACCGCCGCCAGCGGGACCGCAACCCGUCCGAGACGCAGUCCAAAAGUGAAUCAGAUGGCAACCCCAGCACGGAGGAUGAGUCCAGUAAGGGGCAGGAGGAUUUAUCCCCGCAUCCGCUCUCCAGCUCAUCUGACGGAGUCACCAGCCUCAGCCUUCCCAGCCACAUGGAGCCCGUCUACAUGCAGCAGCUUGGAAACACUAAAAUAGCUUUGAGCUCAUCUGGUGUCUUGUUGAAUGGGAACCUCGUGCCUGCCAGUAGUUCUCCCGUCUUUCUCAAUGGUAGCUCUUUUCUUCAAGGACCCAAUGGUGUCAUUCUCAAUGGACUCAGCGUUGGGGCUUCCCAGCCGGUGACUUUAAAUUCACCCAAAACCACUUCAAGUGCUGUGAGCAAUGGGGUGUCCAUCACUGACAUCAUGUCAUCUUCUUCGGAAGAUGUGAAGGACUUCAAACUCCUCCAGGCUUCAGUCCCCAACACAGCAGCAGACACAUUCAGCCCCAGCAACAUACCGGUCUCCUUCCCAGGAUUGAUACCGAGCUCAGAAGUGAAAAGGGAAAACACACAAACUGUUGCUUCCCAAGAUGGAGGCUCUGUAGUUACUUUUACUGCUCCUGUCCAAAUAAACCAGUAUGGCAUUGUCCAGAUCCCCAAUUCAGGAACAAAUGGCCAGUUGCUGAACGGAAGCAUUGGUUUUUCUUCUCUGCAGCUGCCUCCUGUUUCUGUGGCAGCUUCUCAAGAUAACGUUUCGGUGAAUUCUAGCACAUCAGAUGGAGGAACUUUCACAAGUGACUCUUCAACGGUGCAACAAGGAAAGGUUUUCUUCAGCCCCCUCGCUCCGAGCGCCGUCGUUUAUACAGUUCCCAAUUCAGGUCAGGCGGUGGGAUCCAUCAAGCAGGAAGGACUGGAAAGAAGCCUUGUGUUUUCUCAGUUAAUGCCAGUCGGUCAGAACACGCAACUCAAUGUAAACAUGUCUUCUGAAAAUAUAUCUAGCGGAGGACUGCAGUCCCUGGCCUCCUCGUUAGUGAAUGUAACGCCCUCACAUAAUUUCUCCCUCACGCCGCCGACUCUUUUAAAUGCUGCAGAACUGAGCUCUGGUAUCUCUGAGAGCCAGUCCAUGUCGUCGCCCGUAACCAGUACCUCUACCGUGAUAUCUAUCAGCAACACUAACUAUGCAACUCUACAGAACUGCUCCCUCAUUACCAGUCAAGAUCUGUUGUCCAUUUCUACAGCACAGCCCGCACUUGGAGAGAUCGUUUUUACGACCGGGGACCGUGUGAGCCAUCCAUCUGCACAGGUACACCAGGAUUUUGUCCGAGAGCACAGGUUGGUUCUGCAAGCUGUACCAGACGUCAAAGAGAAUUUCUUGCCUAAUUCGGAAAGCAAAUCAACCGGCAGUUUGAUGAUGCUGGAUUCGAAGUCCAAGUAUGUUAUGAGUAACAUGGUUGACACGGUUUGUGAAGAACUGGAAACGGACAAAAAGGAACUUGCCAAACUGCAGACAGUUCAGAUGGAUGAAGAUAUGCAAGACUUAUAAUUUUUUUUCUUGCUUUCUGUUUCAGUAGAUAAGACUCCUGUUUGAGGCCCUAAGAAGCACCAAGUGGAGUGGGUUUUUUGUUGUUGUUUUUUUAAAGAAAACAGAAGAACAUUUAAAUGGUCUGAAUUGAUGUACAGAGGAAUCUCUGGCAACGGGUCUCAGUUGCCGCACUUGGUUUGCAUGCAGUAUUCUCUUUUAAGCAGAUUAAAGGAGAAAGGAAACGCCAGGGGAAGUACCAAGCAAAUGGGUACAGGUUUGGCUACUGCUACUGCGCUGAUAACCUAACUAGAUUCUCUGUAGUGCAACAUACUAUCAACAGUAAGUAUACACUCCUAACAGUAGGUAGAAAGCAAAAAUCUUGCUCUGGAAAGGUAGAAAUGAUGCAGUUGUUUUCGCUGUUUACUUCUAGUCCAUGGGCAUUGAAACAUUUUUUAAGAACUCUAGACGAUACCUCACAGGCUACUUUUUUGUUGUUGGAGGUUAAGAAACAAAACAGAACCAUAACUAAUUUUGUUACUGGUGUGUUUGCUUUUUUUUUUUAUUUUUUUUUUUUCCAGCAGGCUUGUGUUCAUACCAAAAAUCUCACAUCAAACAUUGACAGGUUUCGAGGUGCUACAGAUAGCAUUUUGUCAGUGCACCAAAAAAGCAUCAUCUGAAACUCUAAUUAUGCAACUCGGAAGCUUUCUCUCCAGUAUGAAUGUAAAUAUUGUUUCAGCUCUUAUCAAGGAGACUUUUUUUUUUUUUUAAUUAGUACAAUGGAUUUUAUUUAUGGUUAAUGUUCCCUUUCACUUUAGACACAAUGCAUUGAAAAGGAAAACGUUUUUUGGCUGUUUAAUUUAUUUUUAUUGUUUGAGCAGGAAGUAAACGUAGUUAUUUCCGACAAGGUUUUACUUUUUUGUAGUUUUUCAAGCAAUAGACUGUAAAAGUAAAAUGUUAAUCACACUGAAACUAGAAAAUGAGCUCCCAGUCUCACAAACCCAAGAGGUCCCUGUCUCUACCCCCUCUGUCUUUGUGUUCAGGGGUUUUUUGUUUGUUUUGUUAGUAAUUUGCAAAUUAGUUGAACCUUUUUUCUUUGUGUAUUUUUUAUGGAAUUCCAUGUGCCUUUCUUCCUAGUGGCCUUAUCUUUGUUACUAAAGCACAGUGGCAGGAGGAAUAAAAACACUGACUUGCAAAUCUCCGUCCUCAGGGCCGAAUCCUGAUGCCUUACUUUUGCAAGUAGCCCUGCUGACCCCAGAGUCCCUACUUGCACGAGUAAGAAGAGUUGAGUCUUUUGGAAGAGUUGAGUCUUUUGGUCAGGCUGGGUGACAUUGAAUGGUGGUGCAGGGAGCUGGAGGCAGGAGGAUUGUGCAUAGGGACCACGGGCAGAGCAGUGCAGGAGGAAAGAUCUUGGCUCUGGCCUCGGUCUGAUGAGUGUGGAAGGUUGGUGGGCAGGCCAGGGAAGGGAGCCCCAUGUUUCCCCACAGCCGUUGGCCCAGCAGCCCUUGUGGGAGGGCUUCAGCUGCUGUUCAGCAAGCAGGCCCCCAUCCAGGAGUGCACUUAAGCAUGGAUUUAUAAAUCCUUCCAGAAUAAGCAGGGCGGGGGCCGGUGGUGGGAACUGCAGCUGCCCAGAAGGUCUGUGGAGCAGCCCUGCUCCCUGCCUGCAUGUGGAUGGGUGUCCUCUCCCUUCACCCCUCUGCUCUCCUUCACGGACAGCACAAGCAGGCAGACUGUGGGCAGGUGGAAAAGCCCUUACCUUUCCUCCAGAGAAAUUUCUGUAGCGUGGAAAAGCACAUCCUUAAGCUUUAAAAUAAUAAUAAUAAUGCAGAUGUAUAAAAACGACAUGCUGUUUAUUUUGUGUUUCUGUUUUAUUUUUAUUUCUUAUUCUAAUGUGAAUAUAUACAGUAGGUAAAGCAUGUAUUCAUCCUCAUCAGGGGCAUGGGCCGAAGCCUUUGGAAGACAAUAGGAAAUUUUUUCUUAAACUUCUGAGGGCUCCAUGCCAGGCCUAACACAAAAUCACUUGGGCAAAAAGAGUGGACAGGAAAGUGAAUAGAGAGAGCACAUCCCAGUCUGUUUCUGUCUUGGUUAUUACCUGGUUCUGUGGAAAGCCUUUAAGGAAUGAAGGUUUCUCCCAUAUGGCACAGACAUCCUUGCUGUUGUUUUGCACUAUAUUGGAUGCAGCAUGUUUUGCAAGGCAGCGUGUGAAACCUCAGAGCUGAGCUCUGCUGGUAAAUGCUGCAGUUUACACUGCAAGCUGGAGUCUUGAACAUUGCAGGGAAAAGUGCAGGGGAAGGGAAGAGCAAGCGUGCGAGGCUUGCACUUUGCAAGGAGUCACUGGUGCUUGGCAAACAGAAGCAGCCCCUGAGUAGUUGGCUGUCCCCACAUGCACCCAAACAAAAAGGGUGUUUAAGGCAAGUGCUUUAAAGUGGAGAUUAUUACAAGCAGAGCAUGGAGCUAUAUAUAUUUAUAUAUAUAUAUAUUCCCCUGGCACAACUUGUCUUGGCAUUCAGGGGAUCUCCAUGUGAGCAGGGAAUGGGAUGGUGCAGAACUCUGCUCCAGUGGUUUAUCUGAGUGCCUUGCUGGGCUCCAGCAUGAACAAUUUGUUUUCCACCCCUCCUUCACCCUCAAAACAAAGAUGAUGAUUAUGAUAACAGUAUCUGCAUCUAAUCUGCAUGAAUUACUCAACUUGGGGAAAAAAAGGAUCCUGUAUUGCUGUAUUAAUGGAGAACGUGUGCACAGAGCGGGAGCUGUGUGUAGCUCUGAGGGAGUUGUUCAGGGCUGAACGUUUGGUUUGUGGAGCUCGGACUUGUUUCUAAAGGCAAGCUAGAGAAUAUUUCAGAGCUCUCUGUCAAAUGUUGAACUCAUCAGGUUCCAUAACUGAAAAGACUGUGGUGUCAUGAUGUUACUUUUUUUUUUUUUUCUCCUCCCUUACAUUUGUGGUGUUACUGAGGCUCUGAAUUCCAUGGCUUUGCAGCACAGUUGAUGUGAAAACUGUGUAUGCUGUUACAGUGGUGCGUAUCUCGGGGUGCCUGGUACUUCUAAUAGGAGACCUCCCCUUCUUUCGUGGGAGCAGAGGAUGUAUAUAAAAGCAGUGGUUUGGGACAAAGUAAGAUUAAUCUAUUCGUCUUCCAGGUAUCAAGUAACUUAUUUCGUUAUUAUGUUUUACUCUUUCUUUCUCCCACUGAAAAAUAAGUGUCAUUCCCUCCAGAUGAUGUAGUUAGAACCUCGUGUUUUUUUGCAGGUACAUAUGCACAAUAUAAAGACUCAUUGCACGGUACAGUGUUUCUAAAAUAGAUAUUUAAAUAGUAGUUUUACUCCUACUGUAAAUUAAGGGUCGGUUUUUAUUAUGCGGCCCUCAAGCAAGAAGGCUGACUGCUCUACGUAGACAGGACACAAAGCCCCAUCGAGCAUCUGGGGCCAGAUCUUCAGCUGCUGUAAAUAAGGCAUUGCUCCACUGUUUCCCAACUGAAGAUUUUACAUGGUGUUCAGGGGGUACGGAUGCUCAUCUCCCACAGAUACUCAUGGCGGUGAGCAUCUGAAUCUCACAGACGGUCCUUACUGUCACGUUCUAUUGUUUCAAUGGAAGAUCAGUCUAUCCAGCACAACUACUACUUCUCUUCCCUUCCCGCUGUGGAUGAGAAUAAAGGAUCAUUUCAACUUCACAUAUGUUUGUAACUUGUAAGUCCACUGGAAAUCUUACAGGAAACGUUGCCAAAUUCUACUGCUUUUCUGGUCCCAGACUCAGCUUUGAAAAAUACGCUUAAAGUUUAAGCAAAUUCCUAUAAAGCAUGAGUGCUAAAAAAAGAAACAAACAAAAAAAAACUGUAUUCUUCACUACCUUUAAUUAAAGCUGCCUCUGUUUCACCAGACUUUCGCAGAGAACCAGAAAUAUCCUGAAUCAAAUGCUCUGUCUGGACUAUUUGCAGCAUUAUCCCUGCGGUCUCACCUAAUUGGACAUUUCAGCCACAGCAGUCGUGGACAUCUGUCAGCCAGCUCCUUGGCUGGGAUAAACGAGCACAGUUCACUGACUUUCGUGUCAUUUCACACCAGCUGAGAAUGUGGUCCAUUCAUUUCACUGGAGCUGGAUCAGGGAUGGAUUUGGCCCAGUUUGCAGUGACACUACAAAGCAGUUCACAAGGCCGAUGCUCAGACAGUUGCAAUGAACGGCACCAACCUAUCCAAGCAAAUACCUCUUGCCAUUUAUCGUUUCGCCCUGCCUGUGGAUUCAGGAAGAUGCAUUUAGAAAGCUGUUUUCUCUAGAAAUAAGGCUGGAACCAUCUCUAUUGUUGUUAUCCUUAUGAGAUCAAUGACAACAAUGGAUGGAUUCACGGAAAUGAUUUGCAGUUAAAUUAAGCAAGGCAGAAUUUGGCCCCGCGUGCACAGGAACUUUUCCUGUAUGCAGAUUUCCAGUGCCUGUGCACUUUUCUUAACGAGGACAGACAAACAACCAGUAGGGCACAUCCCUCUGGUUCUGCAUGAAGCAAACAUGCAGGAUCCCAGGAGCAUGGAGCCUGUGUUGUCUGUGGUCCGGCAGCAUCUCAAAUCACAAAAGCAACAAUAAUUUUGUAACUCCAAAAGCAAAAUGAAUGGCAUUUUACAAGCAAGGAGACCUGAAGUCUUCCUGUAUCUCCUAGCAGUUACUGUCUUGAAGGAUGUUUUAUAUCUUACUUUUAUGUUUCAUAUAAUUUAAACUUAGCUUCUUACAUUUCUGAACUCAAGGAGGAGGGGGUGAAUCCUCUGACUUUCAGGAUUCACAUUCAGAGGAUGUUUGUUCUUUUGCUGCAUGUACUGCUUGUCCAGAACUAACCAGUUAUUUCUGCGAUAUGGGUUUAUUGUGCCUUACAACAAAUGAGAUGUUGAAGCGGAAUGUACGCAUUAGAGGGAAUAAUCAGAAGUCUUUACUGCACUGUUAGAUGAUGCCGACCCAGAGAGCAUCAUCAAACAUAUCUGUGCUUAAUUACCCAACCAAAGAGAUCUAAAGUAUGUAUGUUUGUUGUACUGUAAUAGGGGUUUGUGCCUGGACAAUUAAGUGUUUUAUUUGUAUUCUGAGAUGAUGUGAACUUAUUUUUCUAAACACUAUACUGAAUAAACUUUAUA